AGCAGUCCCAUGCCUGAAAAGCUCUCAAUGUCCAGAAAAAAGAUUGUAUAAGCUCCAUAUAAAUUGUGGUGGAAAAGAGGCAGAAGUUAAUGGUAACAAAUAUGAAGCUGAUCAAGCUGCAGGAGGGCCUUCAAAGUUUUUUAAAGUUAAUUACUGGGCAUUUAGCAGUACUGGUAGCUAUGUGGACAAUAAUAACUACAUAGAUAUUUAUAUAGCAUCAAAUACCUCAACACUCUCAAUGGAAGACAGUGUAUUGUACACAAAUGCACGUGCUUCUCCCAACUCUCUCACUUAUAUUGCAUACUGUCUUUUGAAUGGGAGUUAUACUGUGAAGCUCCAUUUUGCGGAAAUCAUUUUUACAAAUGAAAAAAACUAUACCAGCCUUGGCAGGCGUGUAUUCGAUGUUUAUAUUCAGGGAAAUCUGGUGCUGAAGGAUUUCAAUAUAAUGGAUGAAGCAGGUGGAGCUGGUAAGGCAGUUAUAAAAGAAUUUCCCACAGUAAAUGUGACAACUGACACUCUGGAAAUUCGUUUCUAUUGGGCUGGGAAGGGAACACAAAGAAUCCCUUCUGCAGGAAACUAUGGUCCUCUUGUAUCAGCCAUCUCUGUAGAGGCCA